AUGUUGCAUGUGGUCGGAGUUAGAGAUGGCCAACUGGUCUAUCUCAAAGAGAAAGCUUUGGAUGAUAAGGCUCAAAACUUAGAAUCAAAGUUCAACUGUUCAAGGCACAGCCGGACCAUUACGACACGCUCUCUGACAAAGACAAACGACAUACCGUUCAAACAUGGAAACGGCGCGACCUUUCACCCCCCAGAUGCCACACUUCUCCUGUUCUCCUUAACCCUCUCCCUUCCUCCAUCAUGGAGAAUAGGGCUUAAUGCCAGUCCCAACACUCGAGAGGAUUUCUUGAUAAACAAGAAGUGGCCUGAGACUGAAUCGGACAAACUCGGUGAGUCAACAAUGUUUGCUCUUUUCUGUUCAAGACAGGUUGUAUUACUCAAAAGUAGGAGGACCCAACUGGGGGUUUUUCAGCAAAAUGCUUUCUUUAUUCUAAAAUCAUUCACAUCGAUAGGGUUAUGUCAAUCUAGCGAAAAACGACAAGAAGAAAAACAUUCUUUUACAGUGUCUUACCUCAUAAACUCAUGUGGGUUGUCCCCAAAAUCUGCUAUUUUAGCAUCCCACAGUAUGAACUUUGAGAACCCAGAGAGACCAGACUCAGUGCUUAAUCUUCUCAGAGAGAAUGGAUUCACCCCUACCCAUAUCUCCAAAAUUAUCAGGGUACAGCCACGGUUUCUUUUAUCUGAUCCUGAGAAGACCCUUUUGCCCAAGAUUGAGUUUUUCCGUUCUUUGGGGGUUUCAAGCUCUGAACUCCCUGGGAUCCUCUCUUCAAAUCCAAUGUUGUUAGCAAGAAGCUUAGAGAAACAACUAAUCCCCUCCUAUAAUUUCCUCAAGAGUGUGGUUCUUGUCAACGAGAAAGUCGUUACAGCUUUGAAGCGCUCAGCACGGGCUUUUCAAUUUAAUGUGGCAACUAAUAUGGCUCCUAACGUUGCACUUUUGAGACGACUUGGAGUGCCUCAAUCUACCAUUUCUUUCUUGGUAAGUAAUUAUCCUUCUGAAGCGUUCACUAAGCAUACUAGGUUUGUUGAGGCUGUCCGCCAGGUUAUGGACAUGGGAUUCGAUCCCUUGAAAACGGUGUUUGUUCGGGCAAUCCAAGUGUUGCUGAAGAUGAGUAAACCAAGAUUUGAGUCAAAAUUGGAGUUUUAUAAGAGGUGGGGUUGGUCAAAGGACAUGGCCCUCUCUGCAUUUAAAAGGAAUCCAAUGUGUAUGAUUUUAUCAGAAGAGAAGAUCACCAAAGUCAUGGACUUCCUUGUGAAUAAAAUGGGUUGGCUAUCAGCUAAUAUUGCUAUAAAUCCUGCAGUUCUAUUAUUCAGCUUGGAGAAGAGGAUUAUGCCUAGGUUUUCAGUUAUUCAGAUUUUACUAGCCAAGGAUUUGGUCAAGAAUGAUUUGUCCUUGUCGACUAUAUUAUUGCCUAAUGAGAGGAGGUUUUUGGAAAAGUUUGUGAUCAAAUUUCAGGACGAUAUUCCUCAAUUGUUCAAUGUUUAUCAGAGUAAGAUGGAUGUUCUGGAGAUAGGGAGACAAUCGGAGAACGUAUGUGUGGCUGAACAGUUGUAACAUUUUGGCUUCCAACUUAAUUUAAUUCUUGAAUUUUUACUCGUAUAACAUUUUAUACUUGCUGCAUAAAGCAUUUGCAUCAUCUUGUAUUGCUUUCACUUGGAUAUGUGAUCUCCAAGACAGCUAUCUCAAAUACUGAUCUGUGUUUCAUCGUUUCUUAAUUCUAAGUGGAAGACCUGACUCACAUGGUCACAUAUUGGGACUUCAAGUAAAGAAGUAAAAUAGGGGUCUCCUUUUAUGAAGGGCAUGAGUAUUUUUUAUGGUUUUAGUUCCUGCUUACGAUCUUUCUAGUAUUGUUGGAUAGCUCAACUCCAAAGUGAUUUUAUAUGAUAAGAUUGUCUUUAGCUUAAGGCACCUAAUGUGAUUGGUGCUAUAUGCUCAAGACACUGGGCUGAAGGCACUAUGCAUGUUGCAAAUUCACCUUCUAGUCAAUCUACAUUAGAGCAAUUAUGAGAUUUGAACUUUAUAUAGAGAGACUGGUUUCAUGACUCCCGUGUGUGGUGCAGACUGCUACUCUGUGGCUUCUCUGUUGCUUCUUUUGCUGUGCGCUGCUCACUAAAAUAGGUAGGGAUGGUUUGAGACCUCCUCCCCAUCCACACCUCUGGCACUGUCUCCCUCGUUGGGUUCCCGUUGUCCUGUGAGAAUGGAUGGUUGGUCUGCUCGUGGGUAUCUCUCUGAAUGUUUUGCAUUUUACUUAGUUGUGUUGGUUUUUGGGUUGUUCCUUGUGUUCGUCGUUUUGACUAGUGUUUUUCCAUUUUUGGGUUGCUGGCCUUACAUGGCUGUAUGUUGUUGGCUAGCUGCUUCGCUGUGUCUUUCCCUCUUUGAGGAGGGCUGUAGGGACCUUCUUGUGGCAACAGUUUUCUCUCAUAUUUUUAAGUUUCUUUCAACAAAGCUUACUUAUCCAAAAAUAAUAAUUAAAAUUGAUAUUUAAAAUAAAUGGACUCCUUAACAACUAUCAACAGAACAGGGGGAGGAGAACGAAAAGCAGGCAAAGAGGUCAGCGGUAGUAAGAUUGAAGAUGUCAAGGCUCUAGUGUUUUCUCCUUGAUCUUUAUAAAUACAGUUUUUAUUUUUAUUUUUUUAGUUUUCUGCUUGGGUGCAUUCUUAAGCUUGUUGAGUUUCUGGUUUCUACUUUUAUUGGUACUGUUUCCUUUUUUUUUUGGUAAGUGCAUCGUUUAUUGGUAUUCCUUUGGUGGAUGUUAGCACUAUACUUUUCUGCCAUGUUUACAUAGUCAUCACUCAUCAGUCAUAUGUUGGCUUCUUCAUGCCACUGCACUGAACUAAAAUUUCUUCCUGAUUGGACAAUUGAUCUUUCACUUACUAUUGUUUAAAUU